CUGCAGCUCGGCAGCUCAGGCAGCUCAGGCAGCAGCUGGAGCCUCCGACUGGCCAGGAAUUUCCUGGCCAGUUCCUCCAAGGCCCGGGGUGGAGCAGGGAGAAGCAGAACGGCUUUCCCUGGGGUGUGCAGGACUGUGUUCUCCCUAGCCCUCGUUUCUAACUGGCACUGAGGCCCUUGGUAUAUGGACAGGCCUCUUCAGGUACAGAGGGGUGUCCGGAGAGAGAAAACGCAACACAGACAUCAGCCAUGACGUCACUGAGCGUGCACACACAUUCUCCCAGCACCCAGGGAGACAUGGCGUUCAACCUGAUCAUCCUGUCCCUCACGGAGCUCCUCAGCCUGGGCGGGCUGCUGGGCAACGGAGUGACCCUCUGGCUGCUCAACCAGAACGUUUACAGGAACCCUUUCUCCAUCUAUCUCUUGGAUGUGGCCUGCGCCGACCUCAUCUUCCUCUGCUGCCACAUGGUGGCCAUCAUCCCCGAGCUGCUGCAGGACCAGCUGAACUUCCCUGAAUUUGUACAUACCAGCCUGAUCAUGCUGCGGUUCUUCUGCUACAUCGUGGACCUGAGCCUCCUGGCAGCCAUCAGCACAGAGCAGUGCCUGGCCACUCUCUUCCCUGCCUGGUACCUGUGCCGCCGCCCACGCUAUCUGACCACCUGCGUGUGUGCGCUCAUCUGGGUGCUCUGCCUGCUACUGGACCUGCUGCUGAGCGGUGCCUGCACCCAGUUCUUCGGAACGCCCAGUUACCUCCUAUGUGACAUGCUGUGGCUAGUGGUGGCAGUUCUCCUGGCUGCCCUGUGCUGCACCAUGUGCGUGACCAGCCUACUCCUGCUGCUACGGGUGGAGCGUGGUCCGGAGAGGCACCAGCCCCGGGGCUUCCCCACCCUGGUCCUGCUGGCUGUCUUGCUCUUCCUCUUCUGCGGCCUGCCCUUUGGCAUCUUCUGGCUGUCCAAGAACCUGUCCUGGCACACCCCCCUCUACUUCUAUCAUUUCAGCUUCUUCAUGGCCAGUGUGCACAGUGCAGCCAAGCCUGCCAUCUACUUUUUCUUGGGCAGCACACCUGGCCAGAGGUUUCGGGAACCCCUUCGGCUGGUGCUCCAGCGGGCCCUCGGGGAUGAGGCUGAGCUGGGAGCUGGGAGAGAAGCAUCCCAAGGGGGACUUGUAGACAUGACUGUCUAAGCACAGUGGGUCACAACUACAGCUCCAGCCUAUGGGGGCCCAGGGAGCUGCCUGCUGUAGAUAAAGCUGGGAGCAGAGCUCCAUCUGUAAGACCCUGAAGGGACAUCUUUGCUGAUGACCCCAUCAUGUGUCCCCUGGGAGGAUUCUUGGAAAAGGCAGGCAGAGAGCAAUGUUUCUGUGGAAGGCCUGCGGUGGUGCAUGUUAGGCAGCACUCCAGGACCACCUCAUGACAGCUGCUUCCACGGCCAUCCUUCCCCCACUUCUCCAUGGCUACAGUGACGGGACAGAGUAGGCAUGAGACAGGCUAGUCAUGGUGGUGGGCAACUGUCCCUCUACCACUAGCAUCCUCCUAGCUAGAGUGUGCGGUGACUUUUCUCGGUGCCCCAUGUUCCUUCCUUUAGUGAGGGAUAAAUGACAUUGAAACUGGGCAUUCAGUUAGGUAGGGGGAGUGGACCCCAUAUCACUGCCAGAGAGCAAAGCUGGCACAGGCUCGCCAUCCCAGCUUGAGAGAUCAUGGCAGGACUGUAGCCCCUAACUGGGCUUUAUCUGUAACUCUAGUUCCAGGGGAUCUCCCUCCUUUUGCUUCUGCAGGCAUGCAUGUGGUAUACCUACAUACAUAAUACAUAUACACACACAUACAUACAUACUUAUGUGUGUGAGUCCAAAUGCUUGUAUGUGCAUGACACAUACACACACACACACACACACACACAGAGAGAGAGAGAGAGAGAGAGAGAAAAUAGAGUUCAAGGUCAGCUUUAGAGGACCCAUCUCAGGAAACAAAGCCCAGAGGGAACUGUGUAGAGGAGAGAGACCACUGGAGGAUGUAAACCUCACCCAAUGCUUCAGAAAAGCUGGUGGCUCCUGAGUCUGAAUCUCCAAGUGAGGUUCUCUGCAUGGGCAGCAAGCCCCCUCCCAACGCUGUCCAUAGCAAAAGCACCUCUACCUAGCAGGACAGAGCCCAGGGCUUCAGCACCUGGACAGUUCCUGCCUCACCCUCUGUCCUGGACAGGACCUGCCCACCUAGUAGAGGUUCUCUGAGGAAGCAGCCUGGCUGCAGGCCACCACAGGUGCCGGAGCUCCUGUCUAGCCAGGAGCAGAGAUGAAUGGUAGCCAGCCCCCCUCCACCCCCAAUCUGGGCACAGGUGGCCGAGAACCAGGGCUUGGGAGCCCACCAGCCCUGGAAGGGCUUACCACCAUCCACAUAUCAUCACACUAAUUCAGACCUUACCUUUCUACUUCCUCAUUGAAUACAGCCAGUUGAUUACACAUACACAAUGUUUGGAGUUGUGUCCAGCAAGUCCCAAGAGGAUUUUAUUACAUCACCAGAACUCCAGGCCCGCAUUUGUGACAUGCUGGUCUCCUUUGACAUCCGUGUGGGUGUAAUUCUGACUUGAACCAGGCCCACAGAUGGAGAGACAUUUGGUCUCUGUCAUGACUAAACUUGUUCCUGAGUCUGGGUAUGGACAGAAGAACCCUGCCUGGCAUCUCAGAAUUGGCAACUCACUCCCCCUACCCCACUCAGGUUGUGUUGGGAUGCACCCUGUGGUAUGGUGCCUUCAUCUCAAAUUCUCUGGCAAGUCUAAAUACAGGGACCCCAGGAAACUAGGAGCUUGAAGUGCUGGUCCUCCUCUUCCAAAGGAGUUCUUUGCAUUCCCCACGAGGGCCUUCCCUCCUCCCAACUGGAGCGUAGGAGCCAGUGUGGCUGGCUGGCUGCCUCCAGGACAGGAUUCCCAACUUCAGUUCCUCAGCUUGGGGAACUGAGAGCUUGAAGGGAAGUAGCCCGCCCACAAGUCCAAUUUUUGGACACCCACUUCUCCCUGGGGGAAAACCCAUGCCAGCCUUACAGGUGUCUCCCCAACUGAGCAUUAGCCUAGAGUCUUUAAGGCUCGGAGAAGUCUGUGUUUGCUUGAGAGAACCCAGGACAUGGCGCAGACCCUCUACUCCUCUCCUAGUUAGCUUCAGCUGUUGACACAAGAGAGUCCAGAGUUAUCUGAGGGAGUCUCAGCUAGGGAACUGUUUGGGUCAGGUUGGCCUGUGUGCAUUGUCUUGACUGCUAAUACAGGUGGGAGAGCUCGCUCCACUGUGAGCAGAACCACCUGCAGGCAAAUGGACCUGGGCUCGCUAAGCACCAGCCCAGGGGCAAGUCAGUUAGUGGCUUUCCUCCAUGCUUCCUGCCACUGCUCCUGCUUGACUUUCUGCCCUGACUGUUCUCCAGUGAUGGACGGCAACCUGGAAGUGUAAGCCCUGACUGCCCUCAGUGAUAGACAAUGACCUGGAAGUGUAAGCCAAAUAAAUAAAGCUUUUCCUCCUCAA